AUGGGUGCUGCUCCCCCCACCCCACCCCACUUGAUGCUUCUGACCGAGGCCACUGUCCAUGCCAGGGAGGCUAAAGGUGGCCAGGCAGAGGGAAGGAAUGCCUCGGAGCAGGUGAAGAUGCUGCAGCGGGUGGAGAACUACAACCGGAGCCUUCCACCCUCUGAGCGCGUGCAGACGUCCGUCGAGGUGGAGAAGCCCCGGCCUGAACUCUACCAGCUCCUCAGCCACGGAGACGUGUGCGACGCCUUGCAAGGGUCCAGCCGGAGCUGCCGGUGCCUCCCGGGCUUCCAAUGGGGAGAUGGCCUCUGCAAGCAGAUCCCGGCCUGUGGGGGUCUCCUGGGGGCCGUGGUCUCUCUGGUCACCGCCUGCGACUGCCUCAGUUUCCCCGCCGGGAACAUCGGGUACUGCCUGCCUCCGCUGCAGGCCAACAAAGCUUCGGAAACCACAACGCUGCCCCCAAAAACUGCCUCGGGGGAGGAAGUGGGGCUCUCCUUCCAGGUGGGCGAAGGGGCCACGGACGUGAAGCUCUACCUGCUGCGCCCUGAAUGGAACGGAGAGGCCAAGGAGGUCCGCAAUGGGACAGCAGUGGUUUUGGAAUUGAACGGAUCGGAGGCUGCGCUGAGGGUCUCUCCGCUCUCCCCAGACUGGGAAGGAACCUACAUCUGCCGCUUCCAUCGUGGGGAGGAGCUCUUGGAAAUUCGGCAGGAGGUCUCCAUCCCGCUGGUCUCCGCAGACCUCAUCCCAGGCAUAUCCCAGCAGUCCAUGGACUGCAGCUCCCAUCGUCCACUGACCCUGGAGUGCUGCAUCCGAGACAGAGGCGUGGAAGGAGUCAAAGCAGCCUGGGGCCCCGGAGAGACGGCCUUUGCUGACCCUGUGUCCGGAAAUGGGGGCUCUCUCUGCCACCGCUUGACCUUGGUCUCCUGCCCCGACGAAGAGGAAGCGGCCUUCGUUUGCUCCUUCCAAGGUCAGGGAACCGCGUCCAUCCAGAGCACCGUGCAGGUCAGCCCCAUUCGAGUCGGAGACCUCUUCUGCCCCGUGGAGGAGGCAGGGGGCAGUUGGGGGGCCACCAAAGCCGGACGGACGGCAGAGCUCCUGUGUCCAGAAGGCAAGGAAGGCAAGCUCCUGCGCAACUGCUCCGACGGAGGCAUCUGGGGACCCAUAAAGGGUGGAUGCACCAGCCAGAAGCUGCUCUCGGAUCUGCACCAGGCCCAGCUACUCCAGGCGGGGCUGGGAGACCCCCAGACGGCGCUCCCCACAAUGCUGUCCUGGCUGGACGGGGCGGCCGUCGGAGACCUGGACUCUUCUCCACAGGACCUGCUCACCACCAUUGCCAUCAUGGACGCCCUCUCGCACGUGGCACUGGAUGCCCACAUCCGCCUGGAGAGCAAUGCGGUGGCGGCCUUCCUGAGUGCCGCCAACAAGAUGCUCAGCUUGGACCCGGAGACGGCUUGGUCGCCGGCAGAGGCCUUGGACUCUAGAGCCGCGUCGGGGUUUCUGCAAGCCUUGGAGAACCUGACCGGCCUCCUGCUGCCCCCAGAGCAGGGCUUCAACCUGACGCUCCCCAACCUGGAGCUCCUGAGCUUCCGCCUGAGCCCCGACCAGGAGGAUGAGGGGUUCUUGAAGACCUUCAACACGGACCCUCCGGCCUCGGUGCGCAUCGCGGAGGAGGAGCUGGAGGAGCUGCUGCGCCGAGAGGGCAACCUCACCAUCACCGCCUUGGCCCUGAAGCGCAUGGAGGGGGUCCUGCCCCAUAGCCACCUGGCCAGCCUGGUCAUGUCCAAUGCCAUCAGGUCCUCCAACGGGAGUGUGACGGACGUGGUGGUUGAGAUGGUGUUUGGCCACUGGAAUGCGACCAACAGAGAAGAAAGUGGGGAGGAAGAGGCGGCCAAGUGUGUUUUCUGGAACCACAGCCUGGUGGGCGGGGUGGGGGCCUGGUCCACGCAGGGCUGCCGGACCUCCUCAGACACCGAAGGGGCCACCAACUGCACCUGCCACCACCUGACCUCCUUCUCGGUCCUCAUGUCCGCCGGCCCCGUGCCCAACAGCGCAGCCUUGACCAUCCUGAGCACCGUCGGCCUCUGCGCCACCAUCAUGGCCCUCGUGGCUACCCUCCUCAUCUACUACCUAGUCUGGACCUCAGUGGUGAAGAACAAGGUCUCCUACUUCCGCUACACCACGCUGGCCAACCUGGCUUUCUCCUUGCUUCUUGCCAGCCUCUGCUUCCUGGCCGCCUCCCGCCUGAGCGCCAGCCACGAGAGCCAGCUGUGCGUGGCGGCCGCCUUCUUCUGCCACUUCUUCUACCUGGCCACCUUCUUCUGGAUGCUGGUCCAGGCUCUGAUGCUCUUCCACCAGCUGGUCUUCGUCUUCCACCGGCUGAGCAUGAACACUGUGGUGCCGGCCAUGCUGGUCCUGGGCUACCUCUGCCCCCUGGCUAUUGCCGCCGCCACCGUGGCUGCCACCUUCCCAUCUCGGCGCUAUCUGCAGGAGGGACUGUGUUGGCUCAGCGCUCGCAGUAAAGCACUCUACGCCUUCUCCGUCCCGGUCCUGGCCAUCGUUUCGGUCACUGGCGUGCUCGUGGUGGUGCUGCUGAAGCUGAUGCGGCCCUCGGUCUCAGAGGCGUCUCCCGGGGAGGAAAGGCGGGCGUUGGUGGGACUCUUCAAGGCCCUUCUGGUCCUGACGCCCAUCUUCGGCCUGACCUGGGGGCUGGGGGUCAUCACCAUGACCGGCCAGGCCUCUCCGGCCACCCACUACGCCUUCACCCUCCUCAACGCCUUCCAGGGAGUCUUCAUUCUGAUCUUUGGCUGCCUGAUGGACAGGAAGGUGAGAGGAGCUCUGGCCCAACGAUUCUGUAAACCACCCCCCAGCAAGACCAGCACCAUGCAGGAGGUUCUUCUCAAGGUUUGGCUGGAACUCCUCUUGAAGUACAGGUUUGUAGGAAAAGGCAUUGCAGCUCAGCGUCCUGACAGAGCUGCUACUCCUAGUAGCAGUGGGGAAAGGUCUCCUCGGGAGUCAGAGAGUGAAAGGCAGCGUCAACACGUUAGAGAAAUCCUCCUGGCACCAAGCGACAGUGAUACGUUUAUGGGCUUCUCAGAUUACGACAUGGGGAAUGGGGAAGCAUCUAGAGGUGUUAAAAGGACUGUUUGUGAGCCAGAAUCUGAAGGAGAAGCACAGAGGAAGUGUAUUCAGGAGUUACUUAGGGAACCCACUUCUGAGGAGGACUUUUUGGGCUUUGAGGGGGAUUUGGGGUCUGGAAGUGACAUGGAAGGGGAGGAAUUGGAUUGGACUCAGGUACAGAAUAUAAGAGACAUCUGCAACCAGCCCACUUCCAGCGAGGAGUUCGAGGGGUUCAUGGGGGACUGGCAGCCAGGUGAUUCUUGGCAGAAUCUGACCCCUGAUAGUAAUUGGCAAAGGUGGAGAGAUGGGCAUUCAGCUGCAGACUUGGAAGCAGGUGAUAGCGAUGAUGAAAGGGUGGGGAGCUCAUCAAGCUCUGACAAUGAGCUUUAA